AUGGAGCCCAACAUGGAGAGCUGCUUAGCCCAGGUCCUGCAGAAAGAUGUGGGCCGCCGUCUUCAGGUGGGGCAAGAGAUUGUCGACUACAUCUCUGAUAAAGAGAAGUCUCAUGACCUUGAACAGGAUCAGACUGUUCUUGACAAGAUGGUCGAUGGCAUUGCGAGCUCCUGGGUCAACUCCAGCAACUUCAAGGUGGCUCUGCUAGGCUUGGAUCUCCUCUCUGCUUUGGUGACAAGGUUACAAGACAGAUUUAAGGCCCAUGUGGGAACAGCUCUACCUAGUCUUAUUGAUCGAUUGGGAGAUGCUAAAGACCAAGUCAGAGAACAAGACCAAGCCCUGCUGCUUAGGAUCAUGGAACAAGUUGCAACUCCACAGUAUAUUUGGGAUCGUAUGUUAGGAGGCUUUAAACACAAGAACAAUAGGACCAGGGAAGGAGUCUGCAUUUGCCUUAUCGCCACGUUGAAUAUGUAUGGAGCUCAAGGCUUGACUCUCAGUAAGAUUGUCCCCCACAUAUGUAAUCUGUUGGGGGAUCCCACAAGCCAGGUACGAGAUGGGGCUAUGAGUUGUUUGGUGGAGAUCUACCGACAUGUAGGUGAAAGGGUGCGGAUGGAUCUCAGCAAGAAAGGCCUGCCUCAGUCACGGUUGAAUGUAAUUUUCAGUAAAUUUGAUGAAGUUCAAAGAUCUGGGAAUAUGAUUUCCUCUUCUGGCUCAGAUAAGAACUUUGAAGAUGAGGACUCCGUUGAUGGAGGCCGGUCCUCCUCCUCCUCAUCCUCCAAAGCACCUCCUAGUUGCAGGAGAACGGUGAUGACUGCUAGAAAACUCAGCUCAUCAACAUCAGCUAAGGCCACUGGUAAAGAAGCAGCCGCUGGUGCUGUUGAUGAAGAAGACUUCAUCAAAUCUUUUGAAGAUGUGCCCUCUGUCCAGAUUUACUCUAACAGAGAGCUGGAAGACCAGUUUACAAAGAUCAGAGAGGUUCUGUCAGAUGACAAGCAUGACUGGGAGCAAAGAGUAGUAGCACUGAAAAAGGUUCGAUCACUGAUGCUGGCUGGGGCAACGGAGUAUGAAAGCUUUCCUCAGCAACUGCGUCUUUUGGAGGCACCACUUAAACUGUCGGCUAAAGAUCUACGCUCCCAGGUGGUCCGGGAGGCCUGCAUUACUCUUGGACAUCUAUCAUCGCUGCUGGGCAGCAAGUUUGACCAUGGGGCAGAGAGCACCAUGCCUAUAUUGCUGAAUCUUGUGCCCAACAGUGCCAAAGUCAUGGCCACAUCUGGAAUGGCUGCUAUCCGUCUCAUUCUCAGGCAUACACACUACCCACGUCUUAUCCCCAUCAUUACAAGUAACUGCACCUCUAAAUCAGUUGCAGUCAGACGACGCUGUUAUGAAUUUUUAGAUCUAAUGCUACAAGAAUGGCACACAAAUACACUGGAAAGGCAUGUGGCCGUUUUGACCGAGACCAUCAAGAAAGGCAUACACGAUGCUGAUUCAGAGGCAAGAUCCAUUGCAAGGAAGUGUUAUUGGGGUUUCCAUGGUCACUAUAGCCGAGAGGCAGAGCAUCUCUUCCAAACGUUGGAGUCCACAUAUCAGAAAGCACUCCAGAGUCAUCUGAAAAGCUCGGACAGCAUUGUGUCUCUGCCCCAGUCGGAUCGUUCCUCGUCAUCUUCUCAGGAGAGUCUUAAUCGACCUCUGUCUGUGAAGUCUGUAAUUGGAGGUAGCAUGGUGAGGACUAAACUGGUGAGCACCCGGAUGCCCAUUUCAUCGAGUUCCCUCCAGCGAUCACGAAGCGACGUCGAUGUAAAUGCUGCCUCCAGCGCUAAGUCAAGGGUACCCACUGUUCCUACGUCUUCAGCAUUCAGCUCAGCAGCUGCCCUUCCUCCUGGAUCCUAUGCCUCAUUAGGCCGUGUUCGCACGAGAAGGCAAAGCUCUGGCAGUGCAAGUGGAGCCAGUCCCACAGUAGUGGACAGUAGAGGUCGGAGCCGAGCCAAAGUGGUUUCUCAGUCUCAGCGAUCCAGAUCAGCCAAUCCCAUCAGUGCUGGGAGUCGCUCUAGCUCCCCUGGGAAACUGCUUGGGCAGAGCAGCUAUGGUCGAAUCCCUCGUGCAACAGUUUCCUCCUCGAACACACCGACUGAGAAACGUAGCAGGAUCCCUCGCAGCCAAGGGUGCAGCCGAGAGACCAGCCCAAGUCGAAUGGGCUUAGCCCGGAGCCGUAUACCCCGCCCCAGCAUGAGUCAGGGUUGCAGUCGCGACACUAGUCGUGAGAGCAGCCGCGACACCAGCCCUGCUCGUGGCUUUACUCCUCUGGCUUCCCGACGGCAUUCCCGUUCAACCAGUGCUCUCACAGCUGACCCUCAUGGCCAGUCAGAGCGUUAUGGUUUGAUUCACCAAGCUAGAAUCUCAGCAUCCGUCAAUGCUAUGAGGGUUCUUAACACUGGCACUGAAGUGGAGGCAGCAGUUGCUGAUGCUCUGCGAAAGCCAAUGAGACGGCGGUACGAAUCACCAGGAAUGUACUCCGAUGAUGAUGCCAACAGUGAUGCUUCCAGUGCCUGCUCAGAGCGCUCUUAUGGCUCAAGAAAUGGUGGUAUCCCUCAUUAUCUUCGCCAGACUGAGGAUGUGGCUGAAGUACUGAACCACUGUGCCAGCUCCAAUUGGUCAGAGCGGAAGGAGGGCCUUCUAGGAUUGCAGAAUCUGCUCAAGGGUCAAAGAAUACUAAGUCGAGUAGAGCUGAAGAGACUAUGUGAAAUCUUCACAAGAAUGUUUGCAGAUCCACACAGCAAGAGAGUAUUCAGCAUGUUCCUAGAAACUUUAGUGGAUUUCAUCACAGUGCAUCGAGAGGACUUGCAGGACUGGCUGUUUGUCCUUCUCACCCAGUUACUAAAGAAGAUGGGGGCAGAUCUACUCGGAUCAGUCCAAGCCAAAGUCCAAAAGGCCCUGGAUAUCACAAGGGAGUCUUUCCCAUUUGAUCAACAGUUCAAUAUUUUAAUGAGAUUCAUUGUCGACCAGACACAGACACCAAACCUCAAGGUCAAGGUAGCUAUUUUGAAGUACAUAGAGUGUUUGGCUCGGCAAAUGGACCCAGCAGACUUUGUCAACUCCAGUGAGACUCGCUUGGCUGUUUCACGCAUCAUCACUUGGACCACUGAACCCAAAAGCUCUGAUGUCAGGAAGGCAGCCCAAGUUGUCCUGAUAUCAUUAUUUGAACUCAACACACCAGAGUUUACUAUGCUCCUGGGAGCUCUGCCUAAAACAUUCCAGGAUGGCGCCACCAAAUUAUUGCACAACCACUUGAAAAACUCAAGUAAUGGCAGUGCUAGUGUGGGGUCUCCAAGCAACACCAUUGGUCGCAUGGCAGCUCGACACACACCCAAUCGAACCAGUCCACUCACCUCUCCUACCAACUGCUCACACGGAGGAAUGUCUCCAAGUCGGUUAUGGGGUUGGGGUGUUGACGGACUGGCAAAGCAAGCCCCUGCCCCUACUCCUUCUCCUCAGCCUAACUCCACCCCUGCUGCCUCUUCUUUCAGGGUCCUGCGAAGAGCACAUUCACCCAGUGUGAUGGAGUAUGACACCGAGAACAUGAACUCUGAGGACAUUUACAGCUCACUUCGUGGUGUUACUGAGGCAAUCCAGAGCUUUAGCUACCGCAGCCAGGAGGACCUGAAUGAGUCAAUCAGACGUGAAGGCAAGCGAGAUGAUGCAGCUGGAAAAGAAGUAAUGGCACCAACUCCUGGUUCCGAUGCUCGUCUGGGUUUGGAUGUACCCGAAGGGGGUCGCACUGCUUUAGACAACAAGACUUCACUGCUCAAUACACCAUCACCACGCUCUUUCUCUGGGCCACGAAGUCGGGAGUUUUCUCCUUAUGGCCACGGAGAAACAAUCUGUACAUAUGACAAGAGUGCCCUUAAGGAAGCCGUUUUUGAUGAUGAAGUGGAGCAGUUUCGUGACUUUGGUCAAGACAACUCUGAAUUGGUUGCCGACUUGCUGAAAGAGUUGUCCAAUCACAAUGAACGCUCUGAGGAACGUAAAGGUGCUCUGGUGGAGCUUUUGAAGAUCACACGAGAAGACAGCCUUGCUGUGUGGGAUGAACAUUUUAAAACAAUCCUCCUCCUUCUGCUGGAGACAUUGGGCGAUAAAGAUCAUACAAUCCGAGCGUUGGCGCUGCGUGUGUUGAAAGAAAUAUUAAAGAAUCAGCCAGCUCGGUUCAAGAAUUAUGCUGAGCUAACUAUCAUGAAGACUUUGGAGGCCCACAAAGAUUCUCACAAAGAGGUGGUGCGUGCGGCUGAGGAGGCUGCGUCAACGUUGGCAGGAUCCAUCCAUCCGGAACAAUGUGUCAAGGUGUUGUGCCCAAUUGUACAGACAGCUGAUUACCCAAUCAAUUUGGCUGCCAUAAAGAUGGAAACCAAAGUCAUCGAACGGAUUGCCAAGGACUCUUUAAUACAACUGCUGGUGGACAUAAUUCCAGGACUCCUGCAGGGCUACGACAACACAGAAAGCAGUGUUCGAAAGGCCAGCGUUUUCUGUCUGGUGGCUAUAUACUCUGUAAUUGGCGAGGAACUCAAACCCCACCUAGCACAGCUCACAGGGAGCAAGAUGAAAUUACUAAAUCUGUACAUUAAGCGGGCUCAGACGACAAACAGCAAUAGCAGCAGCUCCUCUGAUGUCUCCUGUCACAGUUAA